GUCCGCUGCCAGUACUGGUGUCCACCUGAGGACGUUCUCUCACAUGCUACCUGCACCUUCCCCUGACUGGAGAUGUUUGUCUGUUCUACUCGUCUUCUAGACGUUGUACUCGCAUCUGCUCCAGCUUGUACCAGAGAAACCUGCAGGAGAAAUGAUGGCCUCUCUCCUGACCUCUAGACUUUCUUGACCAUCUUAGCACCCCAAGAUGGAGGCUGCCUCAAACCAGAGCGCCCACUCCUGCCAUUCCUGGGAUUAGUCAUCCAGAGCUCCGGCCCUCGGCCCACGAUGCGGGGCCGGUCCGGUCGGGCCCAUUGGAGAUGCCCAUAACGCAGGAGAAUGCCCUGAGCCACCUUGUUCUGCUGGAGCACUGGCUGGCAGAGCAGGGGCCCGAAGGUGGGGCAGGGGAUGGGGGGCCCCUGUGCCAGGCGGCAGUCCACAAGUUGGUGGCCUACAUCCAGCUGAACUUUGCAGAGGGUGGGUGUGAGGGCGAGGGGCCACCAGCCGGGGCGGCGGACGCGGCAGAGGUGGCAGAUGUAGAAGUGCACGCUGUCUGCCUCACCCGGCCGCCAGAGGGCGCUGAGGAGUUUGGCCUCAGCUUUGGGAACAUCCCUAUAUUUGGCGACCCCGAGGGGAGGAAGAAGGGGAGCAGGCGGAGGCGCAGGAAGGGGGACAAGGGCCCUGUACUGGAGGUGGGCUGCAUCUGGGUGACGGAGGUAAAGAAGAGGAGCCCUGCUGCCCUCUGCGGGGACAUCCGGCUGCGGGACGAGGUGCUGUCACUCAACGGCCAGCUGAUGGUGGGGGUGGACGACACUGGAGCCAGUUACCUGGCUGACCAGUGCUGGAGCGGCGGAUGCAUCUACUUGAUCAUGCUGCGUCGCAUCAAACGCAAGGCCCCGCUCCCCCCCUGCGGCGGCGAUGGCAGGGGGGGCAGCAUGGGUGCUGUUAGCGAGCCCCGGCACAGCUGCCCGCCGGAGCCCGGGCCCGGCCCCGCCCAGAACGGCAAGCGCACACGUAAGCUGGGUGUGGUGUCCCGCUGCCCGCCCCCCCGAGGCCCCGCACAGGAGAAUGGCUACAGCUCGCCUGUGGAGUCUCUGUCGCCGAUGCGGCUGGACGGCCUGGCGGACACCCCCCCAGAGAGGGGGCAGAGGGCCACCCUGCCCGCGGGUCUUCAUAUCCGCACCCAUAAUGGCGUCCUUGUAUGCACACCCCCUGCCCACCCACGGCUACGUUACUCUGAGAGCUGUAAGAUCGACACCAUGAGCGAGUUCUCGAGUCAGGUCAGGGAAGGCGGCCGUAUUUGGAAGAUGCACAUGGUGAAGGGGCAAGACGGCUUGGGCAUCCAGAUCACCGGGGGCCGAGGCUCCAAGCGCUCCCCCCACGGCAUCGUAGUGGCCCAUGUGGAGGAUGGGGGGGCCACCAAAAGAGACGGCCGGCUGAAGGUCGGAGAUGAGCUGCUGAUGAUCAACGGGCAGUCGCUGGUGGGCCUCUCGCACCAGGAGGCUGUGGCCAUCCUGCGCUCGGCGGUCGGGCUGGUCCAGCUGGUGGUGGCUAGCAGGGAGGAGUCCAAUGUAGAUUUCCUGAAGUACCCGUCCAGCAGUCUGCCGGACUUGGUGAGCACGUGCUCGUCCCAGGACACAGAUCUUUUCCCCUCGGGAGCCAAGCAGAGGUUGGACCCGGAUGUGGAGGACGUGCGAGCCGGCAGCCCCCGCCAGUUGGCCCGUAAGCCGUUCCCAGAGGCAGAUAAAGUCCUGGAGCUUGGACGGACGGAGGAGCAGAAAGGGGGCUGUCACAGCCCAUCACCGAUGAAAUUCCGAAGACGAUCCCAAGGUGGAAGCUGCCGCUUAGAGUCGGUCGGCGAGAACGACGAGCUGGUGGUGGAAAACGGGGACGCGGUCUUCGAGAUGCCAGAAGCCCGCGGAGUACGCAAGCACUCACUGCCCCAACAGCCAGAUGCCGCGGGGCUCCGGCAGGAAUACAAAAUAAAGAAGUCAGCCCGGUCCCUCAGCACCAUUCAAGUGGAAUCGCCAUGGCGACUGGCCCAUCCGUCCAUUAUCUCUAAUAUCGUCCUGAUGAAAGGACAGGGCAAGGGCCUGGGAUUCAGCAUUGUAGGCGGGCAGGACUCUGUCCGGGGACGAAUGGGGAUUUUCGUUAAAACGAUUUUCUCCAAUGGGGCAGCUGCCGCUGAUGGAAGACUGAAGGAGGGAGACGAGAUCCUGGAGGUCAACGGGGAAUCGCUGCAGGGCCUCACUCACCAGCAGGCCAUCCAGACCUUCAAGCAGCUGAAGAAGGGCGUGGUGACCUUGACUGUGCGCACGCGCCUCAGCAGCCCAGGCCUCGCCCCCUGCGCCCCCCCCCCCCCCCUCUGCCGCUCCCACUCCUCCGGCCCGAAAGCGCCCCCAAUACUGGGGGCCGAGGAUGCUGACACCACCCCCCGCAAAGGUCCUGGUCCCAAAGACCGAAUCGUAAUGGAGGUCACGCUAAACAAAGAGCAAGGCGUGGGGCUGGGGAUCGGGGCCUGCUGCCUGACGCCAGAGAGCGGCGUGCCUGGCAUCUACACCCACAGUCUGUACCCGGGCUCCGUCGCCAAGAUGGACGGCAGGCUCAGCCGGGGGGACCAGAUCUUGGAGGUGGACUCGGUGAGCCUACGGCACGCGGUUCUGAGUGAAGCCUACGCCAUCCUGAGCGAGUGCGGUCCCGGUCCGGUCAGCCUCAUCAUCAGCCGACACCCCAACCCAAAGGUGUCCGAGCAGGAGAUGGAUGAUGUGAUCGCCCGCACCACGCACAGAGAAAGCUUGAGCAAAGACGGCCACUCGCUAGGCCUGUCCUGCAAAGGUUCUUCCCCCGCUGUGACUGCCAGAAAGAGUGAUGGGUCCUCCCCUCUCAGCUGGACCAUGAAGAGGUUCCUUGAGCCAGCAAGCAGGGGGUCCCUGAGCUCGGAGUCCGACGUUUUUCCUCAGUACUUUCCUCAUGACGUCUCCAGCCAGUUCCCCCCAGCAGAAAUCAUGGUUUUGAACCCCAGCAUCUGUAGCACUGCUGAUCAGCCUACUGCUCUUCUUGGGGAGGGGAGCCGGCAGACCAGCGUGGGCAGCAGCACCGGUUCGGCCCAUAGCCCUGUUCCGGUCCGCAACCCGCUCCGGCGGCAACUCCAAGUCGGCUGUUUCGAGGACAAUGGCAGCAAUGAGAGUGGUGACCAGCUGCCACAAACAGAUAGUGGCUUUUACGGGAAAGCCCUAUGCCCACAAUCUGAGGACAAGGUCAUUGUUGGGGGCGACGGCAGUGGAGUUGCCCCUUCCCCAGCAGAGGGCACCAAGGAUGUGGACAGUUCGGUGAAGCAGGGGGCCAGUCCUGGGUUUGAAUCUCUCAUCAUGAGUAUAGAGUCACCCUUCCUUUCCACAUUUGCCUCAGACCCCGAAGAAGCAGAAAAGAGCCAUAAUCUGCCAGGACCAAGUGAUUCCCAGAUUGAAUCUGGACACACCCCUAAAAUGGAGGACAGGGGCACCAAGGACACCUUGAGUGACAUGUGUCCCUGCCCACUGCCGACCAACCAAUCUGAGGGUGAGGACUUGUCCCCCUCGCUGCCAGGCCCAUACUGCACCAAGGCAGAGGUGAGAGAGCUGACUGGAAUAUGCACCGUCGAAAGGAUGGUCCUCCGGCGAAUGGAAACCGAUUCCUUUGGACUAGACUUGGAAGUCACGUCCUCCCCACUGAAAGUGCUUAUCAAGGGUGUACAGCCAGGGGGCGUCGCAGAGAAGGAAUCUGCGAGUAAAAUCGCUGUUGGAGAUGAGGUCGUGGCCAUAGGAGACACCGAGGUCUCCGCCUCCUCUUACCAGGACCUCUACAGCCUUAUGCAAAGCCUUCCCCUGACUCUAACCUUAGAGCUUAAGAGGCCAAUUUCAGCUGUAGAUCAACUGUCUAAGCAAUCAGGCACAGACAGCAGUUCCAAAAUGGAGAACACUAUAACACAGCUGGAAAAUCCUGAGGGUGAAUUAAGGAGAGAGGACACCCCAGACCUAGGAAGCAAUUCCAUGGAGAUUAAUUCAACACAAACUGUCGAAACAAAUCACAGGGAUGAGAUUCCUGCCACCAACAUCGACACAGAGUUGAGGUCGCCGGAGGAGACCCAUGAAAGUGCAGACGUAGUUGCUGCUGUGACUUCACAUAUUAAUGGAACAACUACCUCAGCUGAGGAUAGUAACACACUAAUUAGCAGUGAAUGUGGUACCACUCAACCUUUGACCAGGCCUAAUGUUCUUGAUUUCUCUCUUUUGGAUCCAGGAAGUAAGGGCCUACUGUUGCCUGUCCGUAAAGAAUUUCUGUGUAACUACUCUAGAAACUUAAGCACCCUCAAUGAUAAAGAAACUUCUGAGAGUAAGCACAGAAAUAGUGAUUCUUCAAAGAACAUGUACAGUGUAUUGGACAGCGAUUCCGAAAGCGAUUCUACCACUGAAAAUUCUCAGCAGGGAGACAGCACAAAACAUGCCAAUCCUCAGCCGUGUGCUGGCAGCGAGGCGACAGACGAGGAAGGAGAGAAGGUGGAGAUCUGCCAUGUUGACUCCAACCCUUCUGACCAAUUGAGCCAGACAGCGGAUGGCAACCUCAACGAUGGACCUUCACGCACUCUACCUGGGAAUGUGAGCUCAAGCAACCAAAGUAUGAAGAUAGGGAACUCUUCUGAUGUCUGUCAAGGGGAGCCUCCACUUCAUUUACGGAAAAAAGAUUCAAACUGCAUUUCCUCCAGUCAAUCAGACCAAGAACUGACCAGGAAUCAGUCUAAGCCUCUGCAUCAUCAAUGUCCUCCUGUGAUAUCCUACUCCAAGGAGCACGUGUUUAAUGGAGUAAACCCAUCGGUAUCUCCCAAAAAACCACUGAACUCUCAAAAUUCUCCAUCCAUUGGUAUUUUUUUCUCCUCAGCACAAGAGACUUUCAAUAGCAAAGAGAAUAUGUGUCAGUCAUCCAGUCAAGUGAUGGCACCACCAAGAAUAGGAAGCUGUGAAAACAGCACUAAGAUGUUGUGUCAGAAGGUGGUGACGUUCUACACAACAUCAGUGACAGUUCAGCCAAAUGAACCAUUAUCUUCAGAUAAAGCUUCUCAGCUGGAACUGUCAUCCACUCUAGCAGUUACAGAGUCAAAUGGUCAUGUGAAUAGCGAAGACACAUUCCUCCAAAAUGUGUCAACUAAAUCUACUUCAAAAGACAAGGUGGCAGAGAAACUGGAAAUUAAAAUUGACUCAAAAUCAUCUGCAUCACAGGUACAAAGUAAUUUGGGGAGAAGUAGCUCCAUGAUGUCAUCUCAUUCCACCAAUGGUGUCAAGAAAGACAAACCAGAAAUAGUAAGCAACUUGGUAUCAAAAUUGAUUAGUCUCAGUAAUAAAACUGGAAAUAAUGUGAAAGAAGAGAAAGAGAAUAAAGGUGAAUCUUCUGAGCCGAAUAAGUCAUCGGUACCUCCCCUUCAGUCUCCUGACCUCCAGUCUAAGACGGUUUCCGUCAUAAACAGUCCACAGGAGAAAGCUGCCCCUAAGUCACCAAAAAUCUGUGACCAUCAGCAGAACAAGACAGUGCCCAAGCCUAAGCAAACACAAAAAACUACAAGACUGCAGGCGGAAAAUGUCCCUAAGGGACAAUUUGGGGACAAAGGGAAAAAAUCCACGGCUCACAACACAAAGGGAGACCUGGACUCCUUACCGAAUGACCCCUCUUCUGAAACCAUUUCAAAACCUGAUGACAAGCCGAGAUCAGUCACCACUCAAAGGAGCUUUAUUGAAGUGCGACUCUCUUCCCCUCCCAGUUCUUCAGUGUCCACACCUGUUCUGAGGCAGAAGGGAAUUCAGGAGAAGUCAGUCAUUAAAACUGACUCAAACUGUACUUCUGGUCUGAGCAAGAGGAGUCUCUCAGGAAGUAAAGAUACACAGGCUUCUCAGAACAGCCAGGCAGAAUCUCCCACUGCUUUGGGUGGUAUGCAUCAGUUCAGUGCUGUUCCAGAUAACACAGACCUUGAUACAGAGGUUUUAUUAGAAAAUAACCAUGUCUGCGUGAAUAAAAGUCUGGUAGAUGAAGUCUUUAAACCUAAUAAUUUAACAGAGAAAAGUGACAAUCUUAAUGCCAGCCAAACUAAACCAUACUUUCCCAAGUUGGCCCGUCGAAGCUACUCCACAGAUUGUAGCGUACCCCUAGACUCCAAUUCUUUCUCUGUUCGGCAAAGAAUUAAAUCCUUCGAGAAUCUGGCCAGCUUUGACAAGCCCGUUGUCAGGAGUAUCGACACGCAGUACUACGCUCUUGCUUAUACUCCGAAACCUCCUCUGAGCAGGAGGCUGUCUGGUUAUGCCGGAUGUGGAAGUUCAUACUCCGUCGACAGUCAGACCUUUAGGAGGAGCGUUAGCUGGAGGAUCUCCAGCCCACCCACCAAUGCGCUUACAGAGAAGAAGCCCGUGGUCACUGCGUCUCAGCUGGAGCCGGCUCCCGUGGCACAGACACCCCCCGUAGUUCGCCGGAAGGUGGCCCGGGGCCCUUCCAGCUUGUCCCGCUCCAGACUCAGGGAAGUGAGGGCACUGAGCAUGCCCGACCUGGACAAGCUUUGCACUGACGAUUUUUCGAGUGAGGAGGUCGUGGCCACUUUCAAGACUGAGCCCACAAGGGGUGAUACCAGCCUGUCAGAGUGUCUCAAUGGCUCUAUCUCUACCUCGUCCAAAACCUCGAGUUUCCCAAGGGCUGGCCCAAAUGAGAAAUCAGAACCAGGAUUGAUAUCCAAAGAGUGCUCCUCUCAGGAAAACUGCAGUGACAAGCAGGCUUCUGGCAGCUGGUCAAUCAGUUUGAGAGCACUGAGCACCUCGGCACCGGCCCAGAGCAAGCUGCAGCACCUGCUGAGCUCCUGGGACCCCAAAGCAGAUGUGCCGACCCUGGUCCGAGAGGCCGAGGCCCUGGCAGAGGAUAAAGACGAUAUUUACUUUGUGGUCUUGACUAAAGAGGAAGGCUCUGGUCUGGGUUUCAGCAUUGCUGGAGGAGUGGACUUAGAGCAGAAAUUCAUCACGGUCCAUCGAGUCUUCCCCAAAGGGGCGGCUGCUUUGGAAGGUACCAUUCAGCGCGGGGACCGCGUAGUGUCCAUCAAUGGCACUGCUCUGAGAGGGACCCUACACAGCGAGGCACUGUCCUGUCUCUACAAAGCCCGGCGGCCACAGCAGGCGCUGAUCGUGAUUCGGAAUGUGAAGGAUGUGGAGCCUUCAUCCCCCCGGCAGGCCCAGUCUGGUAGAACUGGAAUACGGACGUUAUCUUCCAGUGAUGUAGCACUAGAAGCAGGACCCGCUGUGCAGGUGGGUCCAGAUGGGGCACUGAGCGUGGAGCUCCAGAAAACCUCAGCGGGCUUGGGCUUCACCUUGGAAGGGGGGAAAGCUUCUGCCCAAGGGGAUAAGCCUCUUAUUGUCAAGCGCUUGUUCAAGGGUGGCUCUGCAGAGCAAUCAAGGGCCAUCGACGUCGGAGAUGAAGUUCUGGCCAUCAACGGGAAGCCCCUGCAGGGUCUGAUGCACUAUGAUGCCUGGAACGUUAUCAAAGCGGCGUCCGAUGGGACCGUCCAGCUGCUGAUUAGGAGACCGAGGACCACGGUGUGAGUCGAGCUUCCCGACACCGAGCCUGACUGAAGGCGCGCAGUGCAGCGGACGGGGACCCACCAGUGUUAAAAUAAAAGGACUCAACUACAGAUCAUUUCAUACGCAUCUAUUAGCAAACUGCUUUAAGCACCUUAAUCUGACAAAAGUAAACAAAAUGAAGAUUUCUCGUGCAGAGAAAAAAAACACAACAUUUUUAGAAGCUAACGACUCCCAUCAUAGACGGUAGGGACGAUGUUUUCAGUGGCUACACAGGGUACCUCUGUCUGACUGUGCUGCAGAAGAAGCGUACUGCUUGGUUAGUGUGACUAACACGUGAUACCUGAACACACUGCUGCCUGUGAGAUUUCCACAAGGGUGUUUUUUCUUUCUGGGAAACGAUAAAAAAUGCCUUUGGGCCUGCAUUCCUGACCCUGUGGCCAAUGGGGGACACCUGUAGCAGGCUGAUUCUGGGUGGCUGGCUGUUUUGUAAGGGGCUGACCUUGGCAAUUGGUCCCAGUUAGAAGUUGAUCAUGAGAAAUAAUUUUCAAAACUGAAUUCCCUUGACUGGCCUCCCAUACUUGAAAUGCUCCUGUAUUCAUAUUUAAGAAUCACCUGAGGGGGGAAAGGAAACUCAUUCCAUUACUUGGGGAUUGUUGUUAAUAUGUAAAAACUUAACUGUAAAAUAAUGACAGUAUGCUUAUUUAGAUGACAGUAUGCUUAUUUGUUUGUGUUUGUGAUUUACACUUUCGAAAAGUGUAUCUAUUGUCCCUGUUAAUGUAAAUAGGCAUCGACCAGUGAGGUUCAGCUGAGGUCUGCCAGUAAAGAAUAAGCUUUUACCACUCUUGUUUGAGCUCGGUCAAAAGAGCAUAAUUCUCUGAACUAAUGGUUAUGAGCCCUGUAAGAUUCCGAAUUCCACAGUACUGUAGACAUCCAAAUAUGAGGUUCCAAGGCGCUAUAUUUCUGUCAUUUAUUUUUGCAUUUUUUUUUUUUGCGGACCUUUUUUUUUUUCAAAACACACUUUUUUCUGCAUUUGUAAAUGAUAAUAAUAAUAAAAUGUAUGCUUUUCUUACGGUUUUUGAGCCAGGUUUUCUGGAAGACCUUGUAAGAAAUGAAUGAUGUAAAUUCACCAUAAAAUUACACUUUUUAGCCACAACAAUUGCACCAUUAUCAUGCAAAAAAAGUCAUGCAGUACCUUAGUGAAGAGACCAGAUCACAGAUGUUCUCUGUAAAUUGUAUACAAUCCCCAGAUAAGAAUGUAAAUUAUAUUCAUCCAGUUCUGUUGAAUAUUGUAAAAUGUGUGUAAGGUGUACUAUAUUCUUUUUAACCAUUUCGUUAUUGUGGAUUUUGGAUUUACAUCGCUUAUUUGAGUAUGUGGUGACAUAAAAUAUUUUGUGGAUUUAAUCUGUAAAUUAGACCCAUACUAAUAUAAUAUCAGAUUAAACUUAAGCUCUGUGGCUCCAAGUCAUAUGUUUUAUGGCAUUUUAAAACAUGACGUACCAAUCGCUAUUAAAAAAUAUAUUUUUGACUUGCUGUGUAGAAUAUUAUAUUGCACAAUAAAAAGACCUGAAAUGUCUCAAAUACAUUUUAAGUUAAGAAAAUCCACUCAAUAAAUUAGUUUAUUAUGGAAUAUUAA